AUGGAGAGGGAUUUCCUGGGUGUGAUUGACAGGGCCGGGAAGGGCGGCGGCGAGGUGGUGGUGGAGGAGAGCCGAACGGAGCCACUAGAUAACCCGGCGGCGACGCAGUGGCAGUUCCCGGCGAAGUCCGGCGCCGCACCGGCGUUCAUGUCCUUCAGGACGGCGAGGGAGGAGGGCUCUGAGGAGUUCUCGAUCUCCGGGUUCCGGCCGACCGGAGACGCCUUCGACGGCAUCAAGAAGCAGACCUCCUUGCCUGUGAUCUCCCAGCACCAGCAGAGGCAGUUCGGGCUCAGCAGCAGCCAGGUCACGGCACAGCAGUAUCCUGCCGCAGCGCACGGCGGCCAGCGCUUGCAGGGGAUGGAUUACAGCGCGGCGGCGCUUCAUCAUCUCCCUGGUGGAUCCAGGCUAGUGCAGCCGCUGUCGGUACUCCACCCUGUGCCGUUCAAUCAGGCCAACCUGAUGGUCAGGUCGCAGAGCUUCCACAAUGGCACCGGUGUCCCCUCUAAGAAUCAGCAGCCUUUCACCAUGAGCAACGGGUUUGGUGGCUCUACAGUUGGCGUGUACGGCGCAAGGAACUCCCGGAAUCAGACCUCAACGCAGCUGACAAUAUUCUACAACGGUUCGGUGAAUGUUUUUGAUAACGUCCCGGUAGAGAAGGCUAAAGAACUUAUGAUGUUAGCCAGCAGGGCAUCUAUUCCUAGCCCGCCAAGUGCGUCCCACAAACCGGAUUCCCCUAUUUCUGCCCCUGCAAAGGUCAACGUGCCUGAGGUUUUCCCUGCUAGGCAGAUUGUAAUUCAGAAAUCGGAGCCUUGCGUGCCUCAUUUAUCAAGCACUUCAAGUCCAAUCGCCAUCAUGCCACAAGUUGUGACUCUCUCUAGGAGCACAUCUCACUGUACUACAGAGGCCUGCGGUUCGAAACCUGCUGUUCAACCACCAGUCACUGCUCCUAUCAGCCAGGCAACCUCAUCUCAGCCGUUGGCAACUACAAGUGCUGCAGCUGUUACGCCAAGAGCUGUCCCUCAAGCUCGGAAAGCAUCUCUUGCCCGAUUCUUGGAGAAGCGAAAGGAGAGAGUAACUAGUGUUGAGCCAUACCCGACAUCGAAGAGUCCGCUAGAGAGCAGUGACACUGUAGGCAGUGCUAGUGCUCCAACCAAAUCUUCAUCCACAGACAUCACCCCAGCAAGCAACAACGGCACAGAGCCUGUGCGCCUUGGCCAGCCCAGGAACAUCAGCUUCAGCAGCGAAGUGUGUCCCAGCACAAAACUGCAGAUCUUACUCUGA